UCUCGUCGUCGUUCACCACCAUCUUUCUCUUCCGUUCGUCUGUCCGCCCCGCCCUGCUUCUUCCGUACGGCUGCUGCCCUCCUCCUUCUCCUCCAUGGACGCCUCGAUCGCUCUGGAAGAAAAGUAUCUCGGCUCGGCCGCAGAGGCUGCCGUCCCGCUCAUCGCCUCGGGCGACUCCCAUGAUGACCUGCCUCGUCGCCGCUAUCCGAUUGUCUCUGCGUUGGUGCUUUCAGUGCUGCUACUUAUUGCCGGCCUGCAGUCGAUUCUUGGCCCUCGGCCCAUGGAUCCCAGCGUUGGCUGCGACCAGUCGCUCGGCGAUGGCAACUGGGUCUUCUUGUCGGACUUCAAGGGCCCCGCUUGGCAGCCAAAGGGCUGCUCAGUCCACUACUACGGUGCCCGCGAUGCACACGCCUGCUUCAACAACACCCGCAUCGCCCUCUACGGCGACUCGACCAUGCGGCUGUUCUACUAUGCCCUGCGGUAUCGUCUCACCGGAAACGCUACCAGAGGUGCCGACCGCCAUGCCUCCCAGCGCUUCUCGGUCGACGCAAACACCUCGGUUGAGUUUUUCUGGGACCCUUUCCUCAACAGCUCCGACAUUGUCUCGGAGCUGAGUGGCUCGAGAGUCCGGGCGCAUCGCCGCACCAGUGCCCUCGUCUUCUCGGCCGGGAUGUGGUUCAUGAAAAACGCCAACGACACCGAAAACGGCAAGACCCGCUUCCGGACGCAGCUGCGGGCCAUUCAAAACGGCGUCGAGUAUUCUCCGGUGCCCUUGGCCGACAAGGCCAUUUUCCGGUACCUGACCCCGCUCGUCAACCACAAGCUCAGCGAGCACCGUCGCCGCAAGAUGCGGUCCGGCUUCGUCGACGAAUACAACCAAAUCAUCGACGAUAUGCUGGCCUCUCGCAGCCCGCAACGCUCGCGCCUGGCCACUUCCCGGUCCAUGCACAACCUCUACGAGUCCGCCCUUGAAUACGCCUACGACGGAUUGCACUUUUCGGCCGAGAUUGUCGACAACGAGGUCGACAUGUUCCUCAACUGGCUCUGCAACCCAACCAUGCCCAACCUGACAGCAACAUGCUGUACUCCCCGGCCCCAAGUGCGCUGGAGCCAGUGGCUUCCCAUCGGUCUCUCGCUGGUGUCGUGCCUCGGUGCAUGGGUGCUGACAUUCCAUCGCAGCGCGGCCUCCUCGCGACUCCGAUCGCCCAGCUACGCGCUGGCUUGGCGCCUGCUCGUCACCAUGCUGACGCUUGCCCUCAUCCUUGUCGUGUCGUACUAUCGGUCCUUCAGCCAAGUUAAUGUGAUGGCCAAUGCCGCCGUCGGCACCGUCUCGCUCCUCAUAGCAGGCGCGUUUUUGCUCUGGGUGGUCAUGUUUUGCAAGCCCGUGGGCCAGCCCUACCCAAUGCUGCGGCAACUCGAGGGCGCCUUUGCCCUCCUCGUCCUGCUCGACUUUUACUUCAACCACGAGAGCCACCCGGAUGUCCACACCCUCUCGCACAUUGUCUUCAGCGCCUUUAUCCUGCUCCGAUUCCACAAUCUCACUCUGUACCAGCUUUCAAGUCGACUGACGCACCGCAAGCAAAUCGCCGCGGCCUGGAUCGUGGCCGCUCUUUCGACAAUGCUCAUCACCUCGAUUGUUCUGCGUGUUUCUGUAUUCACGUACUCGGUCCCCAUCCUUGUCAUCGGCCUGGAGUUUCUGGGCCUGUGCAUGGCCUUUGAUGCAAGCAUUUCAUCGUCGUGGCUGGCCGCCAAGGUGUUCUUCCUGGUCUCAACGCUGACGCUGAUGGCAGUCAACUCAUCCAUGCUUGCCAACACCGGGCUGCUGCAGCCGUCGGCCAAGCUGGGCGUCGAGACCCUGGCCCUGCUGCUCUCUGCCAACAUAUUCACGCCGGUCCUCGGCGUCGCUCUGGGCUCGUACCACUACCAAGUAUCCACCUUGCCCCCGUCGAGCGUGUAUACUCCAAAGUACCCGAUCCUGGAGUUUAUCACCAGCAGCUUUAUUCUGAUCGUCUGGCUGGCCUUGUCGGCUCUCCUCCCGUCGGACCAGUUCUGGCCAGCACACCUUGUUGUCUCGCCCCUGGGACUCGUGGCGCUCUUCUACUUCAUGACGGUGACUCUUCCGCGCUGGGGCAUCCACGGCAUCCAAACGACUGCCAACGGCUUCUUUGAAACGGUCCAUUCGGGCUUGUCGUGGGUCCAGUCGCGGUCCUUGGUCAUGCUCGUGCUGCAGUACCACCUCUUGCGUGGUUCCGAUGGCGACUCUGUCCUUGCCGUGCUGCCAACGCGCUUGCUCGAGAUCGUUUCCAAGCCUGUCUUUCUAGUGUUCAACGGCCUCUUCCUCCUGGCCCUGCUCUGUGUCAUCUCCGAAAACGUCUAUCAACUCGGCUUGACCCUGGUUUCGUGGCUCUUUGGUUCAGCCAACGCAUCCGACGACCGUCCGAGCUCGUGAACUCCCACC